AUGAUUAUUAUAAAAAUAUUAUUAUUACUAUGUUUAUUAUUUAUUAAUACUACUUCGUCAAAUGUUGCUGUAUAUCAAAUAAAACUUGGCGACUCUCUUGAAUUUGAUUUUGGAAGGUCAGUUAAACAAUUGCAAGUAAAAAGAAAUUUAGGAAAAGGUAUUGAAAAAAUAUUUCCAUCAUAUGAUCCUGAUGAUUCAGUUAAUAAAAAUAAAAAAACUUCCUAUCCAUCAAAUGCAUAUCUUUCUAAAGAAGGUUUAUUAAUAAUUGAUCCAGUAACUGAGGAAGAUUAUGGAAUAUAUAUGAGUGAUGUAAAUUAUCAUCCACAUUUUUCAAAUCCCAUUCUUAAAGUUGUUCCAGUAUAA